CCGGCUGAUAACAAUCAUGUAAUAUGGAGGCUGCCGCUGCCUGUAAGGCGAGUGUGACUUUUGGGUGCGAGCAAUGUUGCUGGUUGUAUUUGUAAGACAUAACGUUUGUUUAUAUGUAGUUAUAGUAUUAAUGGAGAAGUAAAAGUGUUCUCCAUGCUUAGAUCAGCUUAGGGUUUCUGUCAUUGGUAUGUCCUCUGUAGGUUUUAGCAAGUAAAGAAUUGCAUAUACUUUAUUUUUUAAGAGUAACGUUAGUGCAAAGGGAAAAUCAGAGUGUAGUUUCAGCAAAGUGUAGAAGCACAGUUAUUGUCUCUUUAUGUCUUUAUGAAUUGUGCCUUAUAAGACUAUAAUCACAAUUUGGGAUGUGUUUUGCAUUAAAAAAGGCAUGUCAUGCUUAAACCUGGAGGAAGUUUCCUGGAGACGUCAAAUUUUGCAUAAAUAGUUUUCAUUGAAAUUGACUGCAUUGGGCUAAAGGAUCAAUGCAUUUUGGGCAGGGUUAUUUACUGAGUUAGUUUGAGUUUCAGCGGUGUAGAGAUUAGACUCGCUUGAGUCAUUGUGGGUUUCCAGUCAUAAUGCUGCUGUCUGUAGUCGUGCACACAUACUCGUUGCGGUACUGGCUCCCAGCGGCUGUGAUGCUGGGCACUGCUCCGGCGUACUUGCUGUCCUGGAGCAUCUGGCGGCUGCUGGCCACUGUGCUGCCCGCCAGACUCUUUCACAGUGUGGAUGACCGUGCAUAUUCAUUGUAUCAGAGUAUGGUCCUGUUCUUCUUUGAAAAUUACACUGGCGUGGAGAUUGUCAUUUAUGGGAAUAUACCAAAGAAGGAAAAUGUGGUUUAUCUGUCAAACCACCAAUCCACAGCUGAUUGGAUUAUUGCUGACAUGUUAGCCAUUCGACAAAAUGCACUUGGACACGUAAGAUAUGUCCUGAAAGAUGGUCUGAAGUGGCUUCCUUUGUAUGGAUGGUAUUUCUCACAGCAUGGGAGUGUGUAUGUGAAGAGAAGUGCCACCUUUGAUGAGAAAGCCAUGAAAAAGAAACUAUCAUCUCAAACCAAACUGGGGACGCCUAUGUAUCUUGUCAUUUUCCCAGAGGGAACCCGUUACAACCCCGAGCUCAAGAAAGUAAUCAGUGACAGUCAGGCUUUUGCCUCUAAAGAAGGACUUUCCGUGCUGAAGCACGUUUUAACACCAAGAAUGAAAGCGUCACACGUUGCCAUUGAGACUAUGAAGGAACAUCUGGAUGCUGUCUAUGACAUAACUGUUGCAUAUGAGGGAACUCUCACAGCAGACGGCCAGAGACAUCCAGCUCCUACAAUGCCAGAGUUCCUGUGCAAGGAAUGCCCCAGAGUGCACAUCCACUUCAACCGUCUGGACAUAAGGGAAAUCCCUGCUGAGCCAAUCUUCUUUCGCAGGUGGCUACAUGAAAGAUUUGAAAUCAAAGACAAGCUUCUUACCACUUUCUACGAGUCUGAAGACCCUGAGAAAAAGUGCAGGUUCCCUGGAGAAGGUCGAAAGUUACCUCUUAGUCUUACAAAGACAUUGCCUUCUCUGCUGAUUUUGGGUGGUCUCACUUUACCAAUGCUGUUAACAGAGUUAGGUAGAAAACUCUAUCUCAAUACCUGGCUUUAUGGGACUCUGAUUGGAUGGGUGUGGGUAAAAGUAAGUCCAUAAGCUAGCCAUAUUUAAAAAAUUAAAUAAAACUCCAUCCUAACUGCCUAUAUCAACACGGAGACACUUAGGUUUCACCAUUGGAUUAUAUUGUUUAUUUCUCAUUAGUUACUUUUACUUCUUAGUAAAUAAGCCUCUUGGUUAUUGGUUCCAUGUUUAUCAUUUGGUUUUUUACACUCCUAACUUUCAAGUUAAACUGUACGUUGUCUACACUGCAAACAAGCAAUGAGAUGUAAAAAAAACGAAAACAUUCCAGUUGUCAACAUGCUUGCAGCACUGUAGACAGAUGUUUAAAUUUAAAAUGAGAAUGUUUCAGUUUUGUUGCAUUGCAUCAUUUGCUUGCGAUGUUGACCCAGCGUGAGGGUUUCUGUUCCAUCUGAGCUUAACUGUAAUCUGAAAUGUACAAAUAGAUAACCUGUAACAGAGAUAACAUUUUAUAUUAAGGUUGGGUAGCAGUUUUGAAACUUCUUUUUGUCAUUUAACCAUUUUAAAUUUUCAGUAUGCAAGCCUUUUUUGUGGUUCUGAAUGGUUUAUAAUGACAGUUGUUUACAGAGUCUGUUUUUCACCUGAUGUUCUUGAGAACGUUUGGAGUAUUAUUAUUUUGUGCUUAUUUUGAUUGUGCUUAAUCCAUUUUUGUAUGCAUUGGGUUUUGGUUGCAUGUGUUUCACAUCAAUUAUCUUUCUAUUUGAUUUAAGAUAUAUCUAAAGUUUGUCAGAUAUGGGGCUUUUAUUGUAAUCGUUUGCACUAUUGCUAAAUAUUUCAAAGAUAGUUGCCAAACUUGCUGGUUGCAGGGGUAUUAAAUAUAGUUCUGUCAAAAAUGA